CCUCUCAUCUGCCAGCACCUUCUCCUCUGCCUCCAGCAGCACCCGCCUCUGCAGCCAGGAGACCACCCCAGCCGCCCGGCCUCACCCAUGGGGAACAGCAAAAGCGGGGCCCUGUCCAAGGAGAUCCUGGAGGAGCUGCAGCUGAACACCAAGUUCACAGAGGAGGAGCUGUGUGCCUGGUACAAGUCCUUCCUGAAGGACUGUCCCAGCGGCCGCAUCACGCGACAGGAGUUCCAGAGCAUCUACACCAAGUUCUUCCCCGAAGCCGACCCCAAGGCCUACGCCCAGCAUGUGUUCCGAAGCUUCGACGCCAACAGCGACGGCACCCUGGACUUCAAGGAGUAUGUCAUCGCCCUGCACAUGACCUCCGUGGGCAAGACCAACCAGAAGCUGGAGUGGGCCUUCUCCCUCUACGACGUGGAUGGCAACGGAGCCAUCAGCAAGAACGAAGUGCUGGAGAUCGUCAUGGCUAUUUUCAAAAUGAUCAGUCCCGAGGACGCGAAGAACCUUCCAGAGGAUGAAAACACCCCAGAGAAGCGAACCGAGAAGAUCUGGGGGUUCUUUGGAAAGAAAGAUGAUGACAAACUCACGGAGGAAGAGUUCAUCGAGGGGACCCUGGCCAAUAAGGAAAUCCUGCGACUGAUCCAAUUUGAGCCUCAAAAAGUGAAGGAAAAGUUAAAGGAGAAGAAACCCUGAUGCCAACUGCGCAGCCCUGUCCCCCUCACCCCUUCCCCCGCCGCGCACAGAAACCCGGGCAUGCACACACCUCCCCAG